UGGCGGUGUUUGUGUAACGCGGGGCGGCGGGUGAGCAGCUUUAACACGCAGAUUUAUAUCAUAUAAAACACACUUUACUGUUCAGGUUGUUGUCCAAUUAAUGUUAUAUGUGUGUAUCUUUAGAGGUCUUAAAGUGUAGCUGUUUGUAACGCAGUGUUUUUCCGCUGUGGAGUUAGACUGGUAAUGACAGAGCAAUAAUAAUAAUAGAACUAACCGCACAGCCGAGGAGCCGCAGAGCCGCAGGAGAGGAGAUUUCAGUGUUCGCACGGGUUACAGCAAUGUGUUUCAGGUAAUCUCAUCUUCCUGAGUCCCUCAGGUGUCGAUCUUCGUCCGCGUUCUACCGUUUCCAUCUACCGUGAUGUCGUCUACCGCAGCCGCUCCAGCACUCGACGACUUCUCUGUGUCCUCGCUGCUGUCUGGAGAGCUGGAGGAUGGAAAAGAAGGAGAGGGCGGUGAUGAGCUGGGUGACCUGGAAGUGAACCCUUAUGACGGUUUGCCCUUCUCGUCACGUUAUUACGCCCUACUGGAAGAACGGCGGACUCUGCCCAUCUGGGGACUGAAGUACAACCUGCUGGAGCUGCUGGAGACUAAUAGCAUGGUGGUGCUGAGUGGAGAGGCUGGCAUUGGCAAGAGCACACAAGUGUCUCAGUGGUGUGUGGAGUACGCGCUCUCUCUGCAGUUUACUCAGGGUCUGGUGUGCUGUUGCCAGCCGUACUCAGCAGCAGCUUGCAGCCUGGCCAUCCGUGUUGCAGAUGAGAUGGACCUGAGUCUGGGGCUCGAGGUCGGAUACAGGGUCCCUCACGAUGAUGGCUGCACGCCAGACACUUUACUGCGCUUCGUCACAGAUGCACUUCUCCUGGAGGAGAUGAUGUCGGACCCCCUGCUGCGGCGCUACGGCGUGCUGGUAGUGGACGAGUCGCAGGAACGCACCGUGGCCAGCGACGUGCUCCUGGGCCUCCUGCGCGACGUUUGCCGGCAGCGCACAGAGCUUCGAGUGGUGGUACUCGCUACACCCCCUGUAGCCAAUACAAUCGCAGACUUUCUGGGCGAAGAAGUGCCACACGUUAAAGUCCCCCCUGCACCGGACCGGACCGUGGUGGAAACGUUGUACAGAGAUCCGCCAGCUGGCAGAGAUUCUGCCACAGCUGCAUGCCACAUGGUGUUGGAUCUGCACCGUCGAGGAGAGGAAGGAGAUAUACUAGUCUUCCUGCCCAGUGCGCAGGAGAUUGGUGAUUGCGCAGCUCUGUUGGAGAAGGAGUGUGUAGCCCUGAGCCCACAGCUGGGUGCGUUGCGUGUUCUUCCCCUCCACACGGACCUCGGUGCAUCCACUCAGCACGUUUACUCAGCAGACGGGGAUGACAGCCAAGCUGAAAUAAAAGAAAAUGCGAAGGCUGGGCCGUGUAUAAGACGCAGGGUGAUCAUGUCAGAUGCUCUGGGAGAAGCCUCGUUCUCGUUGCCCAACAUUCGUUAUGUCAUCGAUACAGGACUCGAACUCAAAACUGUGUACAAUCCACAGAUCCGAGCUAACUCCCAGGUUCAGCGGCCGAUCAGCAAACACCAGGCAGAUGCCCGCUCUCAGAAAGUGAACAGCACGCUGCCUGGAGUGUGUUUUCGUCUGUACCCCCAAUCACUGUAUGAUGAAGGGAUGCCUGAAGCUCGGUGUCCCGGAGUAGCCGAGGCUAACCUCAGCCACCUGGUCCUUUUCCUUAAAAGACUGGACAUUGCCGACAUGGGCCAGUGCAAGUUCCUGGACCGGCCAGCCCCAGAGGCGCUGAUGCAGGCUCUCGAGGAUUUGGAUUACCUGGCUGCGCUAGAUGAUGACGGCAACCUGUCGGAGGUAGGCAUCAUCAUGUCCGAGCUCCCUCUGGACCCACCGCUGGCCAGAGCCCUCAUCGCAGCCUGCGAGUUUGACUGCGUCAGUGAACUUCUGACCAUCGCUGCAAUGCUUACCGCUCCUUCAUGCUUUGCGACUCCUCCACCUAAUAAAGAGGAAGCAGCGUUAACUCAUAGACGCCCCCUUCUGCACUCAGACGGAGACCAUCUGACCCUCAUUAACAUCUACAACGCCUACCUGCAGCACAAUGAGGACGAAGCCUGGUGCAACACAAACUUCCUGAACGCCUCUGCUUUGCGUCUGGCCGUGACGAUAAGAGAGGAGCUGCAUGAAGUGAUGCAGCGGAUCGAACUGCCGGUUUCACCGCCUGCGUUCGGCUGCCAGGACAACACUACUAAUAUAAAGCGAGCGCUCAUCUCCGGGUUCUUCCUCAAGGUUGCUCAUGACGUAGACGGCUCAGGAAAUUACUUACUGCUCACGCACCGGCACGUGGCUCACCUGCACCCUUUCUCCUCGUACCUGAGCCGCCGGCCGCGUCCCAAUCCUCCCAGCUGGGUCCUCUAUCACGACUUCACUAUCUCUCACGACAACUGCAUCCGCACCGUCUCCGAAGUUCAUCCACACAUGUUGGUGGAAUUAUCUCCGCAGUACUACUUGGAGAACCUUCCUCCCAGCGAAGGCAGAGACUUGUUAAUGGAUAUCAGACAGAGUCUUUUCCCCCCUGAAGAACAAGAGAACAGAGAGGCUGAACACGACGCGCACGGAGAACGAUCAGGGGAGCAUAGAGAUCAGUUCAGAACAGAGAUGUGUGUGCUCCAGUGAUCUGCUCGAGGGUGCAGGUGGCAGACCCCCCCUCCCCCAUGUUGCACUUUGGGAUUUCCUGAGCCUAAUAUAUUACAUACGUGGACGUAGUUUUACUCUUUAGGGCUUGGUGUAGCACGUAAAAGCAAGUGGUGAGCAAAAUCAGACUGUGAUGUGCCCUGUGCAAAUUUAGAUUUAUAGGUACACAACACAGAAUCUAGACAAUUUCAGUAGUUUUUUUUUUUUCCUUCAUUUUUGCUAUGAAGUGCUUGCUUUAGUACAGGCACGACCCAUUUGAUGUAAUGUAGAUCCUGACUAUGCAGGCAAAUUACACAGAGAUAUGAGGGUGAGUCAAAAAUUUGAUUAAAAACGUCUGAUGUCUUAAAAAGCGCUCCGUUCAAGCCUACUGUCUCCCUGGUCACUGCUGUGCAGGUAUGAACGUGUUACUUUAGUACCUUAGUUGUUUCCGCGAGCAAAAAUGGAUGCCUCAUUUGAGGGUAAACCCGGUACCUAAACAACUCACGAAAGAGCAUAAACAGAAGCGUUUGGAUAUCAGCGAACAAACUUCGGAGCUUUAAGAAUCACUACAAGCCUGAGAGUAAACAACAGAGUAUAUGAAACAUCCUCAAUCAGUCAACUGGAAAAAUUAAAAUGCUUACAAUUUUUGGGGAUUCUCAAGGGCUAGCAUUGGAACAUUAUCAGAAAAAAGGUUCAACAAUCAACAGUCCUCGUUACAGUGAAGCCUAAACUUCAGGUUAAAGGCAGAAGAGUGAUACCCGAGGUUUUAGAUGACGAUGCACAUCCGCAUACUUCUAUUCUCACUGUCGACACUCUGCAAAAACUUUGUUUUGAGGUGUUAAAGCAUCCUUCCUAUAGUCCUGAUUUUGUUCCAUCGGACUUUGGUCCCCUGAAAGCAGCCCUACGAGGAUGGAGAUCCACUUUUAAUGGAGCGAAGACAGCGGUGCCUUCGGCUUAAACAUUUUUAAUGACUGAAUACGGAAGCUUAUUGACAGUGUAUUGAAAAGCGAGGGGAUUAUAUUGAAAAAUAUUGUAUUUGUUUUUUCUAAAAGUUAAUUUAAAUAAAUUCACCAUGAAUUUUUAGGAAAGACAAAUACAUCCGAGUGCGGAUCAUUUUGACCCACCCUCGUAUAUAUUUAAAGACUGCAAACGGAUCAAGCAAUAACGAGCCUGGUAUCAAGACUUCAAACAAAUAAAACUAGUAAUAUUUUUCUUUUUCUUACGGAUAGAAAAACCACAUUCUUCUAACGCUACGUUUUAUUGGAAUGAUAUUUUUAAUUCAGAUUGUACGUAAUUGUCUUUUGUGAAUAGUCUCGAGUUUUUCCCUUGCCCUCGUCUUUUCGUGGCUGUAUAAGGUAUUUGAAGUAGAAGAAUAAAUCAGGGAGACCUGAGCCUUGAGAACGAACUUGAGCUCGAUCUCAGGAUUCUUUUCUCAGGGUCGUUUACAAAAACCCCUUUUGUUGAAUGUUGCUUCCAUUUUGUUGGCAAAGGCUAUUUUUCUACGACACUCUUUGUAGUCUGUUUUUAUCUUUUUGUCUGAGCAAUCCUAUGGCUAGUUUUGUUAAUAUAAAAAGAUUUUGUCUGUAAAUUAUUGAAGCUGUAAAUGUUUCAUUUCUCCCGUAAUACUCUAGGAAAUAUAGCAAAACACAAUCUGUA